AUGUCGGAGCGCGACAUGACGCCGAGCGACGCUGCCCGUCAGCGUCCCGUCGAGGACGAUACACCCGCCGAUGAGAACGUCCUCAUCCCCCGUUCGGAGCUCGAGGAUAUGAAGGCGCAGAUUGCCGAACUGAAGUCGCGCCGUGUAUCGAGAGCCGGUACCCGUCACACGUCCCGUCACUCCUCCCGUCACACGCCCCGCCCGCGUAGACCGGACAUGGACGCCUGGCGUCGCGAAGAUGAAGAGCAGGCCCGCCGCCACCGCGAGGAAGACGAGCGUGUCGCCGAGCACCGUCGUCAGUACGUUCGCACCGCUUCCCCCCGUCACCCGCCUUCCCCCCGUGCGCCUCCGUACAUCACGCCGCCUCUGACGCCGCCUACCGAGGACCCGUACAAGCCCCGCCACUGCUUCACGCUCAAGCCCGGCGAUUUCCCCAAGUUCGGCGCCACCGCCGACACUAACAUCGACGACUGGAUCACCACGAUCUCCAUGAUCCUCGACCAGACGGGUGUCGCCGACUUCGAGAUCACGAGCCGUCUCCCCCUCGUCCUUACCGGCGCCGCGUCGAAAUGGUUCACCGGCCUGUCGCCAGACGAACGUCACCGCCUCCGUUCUUGGUCACAGUGGUGCGACCGUCUCCGCACCGCCUUCCAGCCCGCCGACUACGAUCUUCUUCUCCGUGACUGCGCCCGCAACCGCCUUCUCCUACCGUCGGAGAGUAUCUCCGAUUAUUUCUACGACAAGAUCCGUCUCCUACGCACGGCGUAUCCAAGCAAUUCGGACCGCGAUCACGCCUACGACGUUCUCCUUGGACUUCCCCAAUGUUUCCGCGCUCAGUGCCACGUCGACACCGACGCGCCGAUCGACCAACUGCACCGUACCCUCGUCGAGCGCGCCGUCCUACUUCCCCGUGGCUACACCAACGGCGUCGCACCGCCUGCUGCCGCCGCACGCACGUCGCACCACCACGUCAGCACGACUGCCGCCGCGACGAAACCUGCGCCCGUCUCCGGCAAUCCGGCGCCGACGCCGUCUGCGCCCCCGCCGGCACACGCGGGAGCUCCGAAGCCCGCCGCCCGUACGCCUCCACGUCCCUGCCGUUCCUGCGGUGGACCGCAUUGGGACCGUGAUUGCACGAGCCCUAAGAAAGACGUGAGUAGACCGGCCACCCACACGAACACCACGCCACUAGGCCCUAGGCGUGAAGCGUUCUUCACUGACGUCGCCAACGACGGCACUGCCGCCACAACUACCAUCGUCGCAACUACCGUCGCGACUGCCGACGUCAACGUCGUCACCAACGACAGCACUGCCGUCACAAUUACCGAGGCCAGCGUCAAUGCCGCCACCCCGAAUCAGCAGUAUAGGCACACGCCGUGCUAUACCGCCAUCGCCGUCAACAGCAAGCCCCACCGCGCUAUCGUCGACCCAGGCUCCGGCAUCUCGAUGGUCGCGAAGGAAUACGUCACAUUCCACCUACCGUCGUCACCUCUCCAACCGUGCUCGUCGUUCCCGGUUCGCGGAGUCGGCUCCUCGGCAACGGUCUUCGGGUUCGUCACGAUCCCCGUCACCUUCCCCGCCGCCCCCCCUUUCACGGUCAAUAUCGACUUCUACGCGAUGACCGACGCCCCCACCGGCCUCCUCCUGGGCAACGAUUGUCUAGGGCGCCUCGGCGCCGUCGUAGACCUCGGGCAGAGCAAGCUCACCGUCCGUGGCAGCGUCUUCCCGCUAUCGUACCUCGCUCCCGCCGCUCGCGCGCCGUUUUCAGCUGAGCACGCCCAGGCCAUUCGCACGCGCGAAUCGUUCAACGUCACCGUUGAAGAAGACGUCAUCAUCCGCCCGGGACACCGUGCUAGGGUCGCCAUGAAAGCCGGUGAGUCUGCCGUCGCCUCACCCUUCCUUAUCACGCCCAUCCCCAUGCACGGCAACCCCGCCCUUCUCUGCCAGACGCCGCGCGCCGUCGCAGACUCUCCCACGUUCACCGGCGAGUUGGUCAACCUUCAUCACCGACCCGUGCACAUCCGCCCCGGCGACGCCGUGGGCGUCGCCUCCCUCAUCCACGCGCUGUCGCCGCCGCCGCCUUCGGCGCCCGUCGCGAAAUCCGUCGCAUCCCACGUCCACGCGCCGCCGCCGCCGCCUUCGGCGUGCGUCGCCUCCACGGACCCAGACGAGAUCGACGUCAACCCGGACCUCACCGUCGAGCAACGUCGCGUCGUCGACGACAUGCUCCGCCGCCGGAUGCACACGUUCUCAAGUAACAAUUCCGUCGGUCGCACCAACGUCGUUGAGUUCAACGUCGACACAGGUGAGCACGUCCCCAUUAGCCAACCGCCGUACCACGCCUCCCCGCGCCAGCGCGUCGCGAUCGACGCCGCCAUCGACGGACUUCUCGCCGCCGGUCACGCCUCGCCGUCGCACUCACCGUGGGCCUCGCCGGUCCUCGUCGUCCAGCAACACGACAAGAAACGUAUGUGCGUCGACUACUGCCGCCUCAACAAGGUGACGAAGAGCGAUCAGUACCCGCUCCCCCGUAUCGACGACAUCUUGUCCCAAUUCCAAGGCAAGAUGUGGUUCUCGACGCUCGACGCCAACCGUGGGUACCACCAGGUACCCGUCGCCGACGCCGACAAGAAGAAGCUCGCCUUCCGUACCCACCGCGGCCUCUUCGAGCCCACCGUCAUGCCGUUCGGCGCCAAGGGUGCGCCCGCCACCUUCCAACGGAUGAUGGACGUCAUCCUCGCCGCCGGCAAAUGGCAGUGGUGCCUCGCCUAUCUCGACGACGUCAUUAUUUACUCCAAGACGUUCGAGGAGCAUGUCGACAACGUCGCGUGGACGCUCGACGCCAUCGCCGCCGCUGGUCUCACACUUGGUGCCGGUAAGUCACAUCUCUUCUACCGCUCCCUCGACUGUCUCGGCCACACCAUCUCCGCGCUCGGCAUCGGCAUUAUCGGUCGCAACGUCGACGCGAUUCUCAAACAAGAGCCGCCGAAGACGCUCGCGGCGCUCGAACGUUUCAGCGGUCUCGCCGGUCACUAUCGCCGCUUCAUCGAAAAGUUUUCCCUCGUCGCACGUCCCCUUCACGAGAAGAUCAACACGUCGCGCAAGACGAAGACGUACGACCUCGACGACGCCACCCUCGCCGCCUUCCACGUCAUCAAGAACCUCGUCGCCGAACGUCCCCUCCUCGCUCAUCCCGAUUACGCCCUGGGUUUCCGCGUCGAGUCCGACGCCUGCCGCGACGGCUUCGGCGCCAUCCUUUCGCAGAAGGGCUCCGACGGCAUCGUACGCCCCAUCGCGUUCCUUUCCCGCGUCACCACGGCGCCGGAGAAGAAUUACUCGGCGACCGAGCUCGAGUGCACGGCCCUCACGUGGGCCCUCCGCCGUUUCCACCCGUAUAUCGACGGCGCCGAACUCGAAGCCAUCACCGAUCACGCGGCGCUUCAGUGGCUUCUGGACUAUACCGGUCCAAAUCAACGUUUGGUACGUCAGUCCCUCGCGCUCCAACCGUACCGUGAUAGGCUCACGAUUCGUCACCGUCCCGGCAAGAACCACGCGCACGUCGACCAGCUGUCGCGUGCCCCGCUCCCCAUCACGGCGUCCGAUCUCGCCGUCGCCAUGGCCGACGAACCCGUCACUUCUCCCCCUACCGACACUAAUGCCUUCCUCGCGUGGGCCGCCCCCGACGACCCUUCCCUCGUCAAGGCGGUAAAGGAAGCGACGCCGCAGGACGCCAAACUCGCGAAGAUUAUCGCCGAGUGUGUCGCGCACAACGACGCCGCGUUCCCCGUCGCCACGACCCGCGUCGCCACGACCCGCGUCGCCACGACCCCCCUCCCCCACCCCCGCCUUCCCUUCACGACACAGGACGGCCUCGUGUUCAUUCACCGCCCCUCCCUCGGUGCAUACGCACUAUGCAUCCCGGCGGCCUGCGACGACAUCCGCGACAAAAUCGUGUUCGACCACCACGACACCCCUAUCGCGGGUCACCGUAGCACUGACAAGACGUUCCUCGCCGUCGCGCCGUACUACCACUGGCCGGGCAUGAGGCGUUCUAUCACAAGGUACGUCCAGACGUGUGACGCCUGCCAGAAACACAAGCCGGCCAUCGCCACGACGUCGCCGAUGCAACCGCUCGCGAUCCCCGUCACGCGUUGGCAUACCGUCACCAUGGACUUCGCCGUCGACCUGCCGGUCUCCAACACGUUCAACGCCAUCAUGGUCGUCGUCGACAAGUUUACUAAACGUUGCCACCUUAUCCCGACGCACACCACCGCCACCGCGAAGGAUACGGCGUUUCUCUUCCUCGCUAACGUCGUCCGCCUGCACGGCAUUCCCGUCCGCAUCGUCUCGGACCGCGAUCCCAAGUUCACGUCGGCCUUCUGGAAGGCGAUCCACACCGCCCUCGGGACGAAGCUCCUACUCUCGACGGCGUUCCACCCGCAGACCGACGGGCAGAGUGAACGGCAAGUGCGCACGCUGAAGGAAGCCCUCCGUCACUUCGUCAAUGCCCGCCAGAACAACUGGUUUUACUUGCUGCCGCUUCUCGAAAUCGCGUUCAACAGCAGCGUGCACGCGUCAAGUAACGUCACACCGUUCGAGCUCGAUCUCGGCUUCCAUCCCCGUCUCCUCAAUCACCCCGCCUCCACGUCGCACGACGACAAGGACGCCGGCGUGUUCAUCGACGCCCUUAACGCUGCCACCGUUGACGCCGUCGAGGCACUACAACACGCGCAGGCCCGUCAAGCCGGCCAGUACGACGCCCGCAACGUUAACCGUCGCAAGACCGUCUUCGCGGUAGGCGACCAAGUCCUCCUCCGUUCCGGCCUGUUCAAGCCCGUCUUCUACCAAAAAUCAAAGAGCAAGAAGCUCGCCCCGACGUGGUUCGGCCCGUUCACAGUCACGUCCGUCGACGGUCCCACGGUCAUUACCGUCGACCUGCCGUUCAACCUCAAUAUUCACAACCGUAUUAACACGAUGAACGCGCGCAAGUACCUUGCCCGCGUCAAGGCCCACCCGUCGGCUGUGCGCGAAGUCGAGCAGAUCCUCGGUCACCGUGCAAGUAUCCGCACGAACGCCUUCCCCGACGGCAAGCCGCAGUGGUUGGUCCGCUUCAAGAACGCCCCAACCGGUGCCGAACAGUGGCUCGACCACGCCGAGCUCACCUACUACGGAGGUGACGCCAUUAUUAACCCUCCGUCUUCCUCUUCUUCUUCGGGCGAGGACGCCCUCAACCCGUCCGCGGGGGCACCUGCAGCCCCCGGCCUGCACACGCCGUGA